UGUGUUUUUCCAGUUGGAUAUCCACUUAACUGCAACCCAUUCCUUGUAUAAACAUAGGAUAUUCUUUGAUUUCAGAGAAAAUCAUGAUAAUGUCAUUUUAUUGAGUUCCAGCUAAAAGACUCUUGUUUUACUUAGGUUUCUCCUCCUCAUGAAAAAGAAAAAGGUCUGUUACAUGAAAACCGCAUGUUGCAAGAUGAACUUGCCAUGCUAAGACUGGAAAUAGACACAAUAAGGAAUCAGAAGCAGGAAAAGAGGUAUUGUGAAGACACUGAAACUGAAAAAGAAAAGAAUGACAGUCUUCAAAACGCCAUAAAACUGAAUGAGGAUGAAAAGCUAAACAGAGAAAGACUGGAAGCAAAACUUCAAUCAUACCGAGCUAGACUCGCUACAGCUAUACAGGAUCGUGAUCAAAGUCAGGCAUCAAAAAGAGACCUAGAACUUGCUUUCCAGAGAGCAAAAGAUGAGUGGUGUCAUUUACAGGACAAAAUGAACUUUGAGAUGUCUAACCUAAAAGAUAACAAUGAGGUGCUUUCUCAGCAACUUUCUGAAGUCGAAAGUAAAUUUAAUGCCCUAGAAAUUGAGCUCCAGUAUACAAGAGAUGCUCUCAGAGAAAAGACGUUGGCUUUAGAACAUUUACAAAGAAACCCAAAACAAACACAGGGUCAGAAGAAGGAAAUUGAGCAGAAAUCUCAAAACGAACAAGGUAAAGUGAAUAAAUACAUGGGAAAGCAUGAAUCCUUAGAAGAGAAAUUAUCUCAACUAAAAAUUGAAAAUAUGUUGCUCCGAGAGCAACUAGAUGAUGCCUACAGCAGAGUGGAAUGCAAAGAAAAGACUAUAAUUGAUCUCAAAGACCAGGUUCAGGUUAUUGUAAGAAUGGUUCGAGUUGCAGGUGAAAAACGAGCUCUUCUACUGCGAGAAAAAAAUAAGGAGUUAAUCAAUAAAUGUAAACAGAUAAUGGAAAGAGCAUUUAGAUAUGAAGAUGAGAAAGAAGAAAGAGAAGUAAGUAUUCAGAAAGACAAAUAUUUUUCAAGCUUCCUAUUAGAAAGUUCAAAGUAAUGUUUGGUUAUGGCU